AUGGCGAUGUGGAUCCAAGCCCAGCAGCUGCAGGGAGAUGCAUUACACCAGAUGCAAGCUCUCUACGGACAGCACUUUCCCAUCGAAGUGCGGCACUACUUGGCCCAGUGGAUUGAAAGCCAGUUAUGGGACUCGGUAGAGCUGGACACCCCUGGAGAGGAGGUCAAAGCCAAGCGUAUGUUGGACAGUCUGGUGGCAGAGCUCCAGAAGAAGGCCCAGCUGCAGGGAGGAGAGGAUGGAUUCUUGCUGAAGAUUAAGCUUGGUCACUAUGCCAACCAAUUCAAGAGCACGUAUGACCGCUGCCCUCUGGAGCUGGUGCGCUGUAUCCGACACAUUCUGCAGUCGGAGAAGAGGCUCGUCCAAGAUGCAACCAGCGCGAGUUGUGGAUCCGAGAGUCAGUCCUUGGACAGUCUGUCCCAGCGACAUCAGCAGAUCAACCAGGCCUUUGAGGAGCUGCGUCUGGCCACGCAGGAGACUGAGAAUGACAUGAAGAAACUUCAGCACAACCAGGAGUACUUUAUCAUUCAGUAUCAAGAGAACCUCCGCAUCCAAGCUCAGAUCAGCAGCCUGUCCGCCCUGACGGUGGCAGAGCGCACUCAGCGGGAGCCAACGCUGCAGAGUAAAAGAGCCACAGUGGAGUCGUGGCUCGCCAGAGAGGCCAGCACGCUCCAGAAGUACCGACUGGAUCUGUCUGAACAACAUCAGAAGACUUUAGCUCUCUUGAGGAAACAGCAGACAUUAAUCCUCGACGAGGAACUUAUCCAGUGGAAGAGGAGACAGCAGCUGGCCGGCAACGGAGGCCCACACGAGGGAGGCCUGGACGUGCUCCAGUCCUGGUGUGAGAAACUGGCCGACCUGAUCUGGCAGAACCGGCAGCAGAUCCGCCGCUGUGAGCACCUGACGCAGCAGCUGCCUCUGCCCGGGCCCAUGGAGGAUCUCCUGAGCAAACUCAACGCUGACAUCACGGACAUCAUCUCCGCCCUGGUCACAAGCACUUUUAUCAUCGAAAAGCAGCCUCCACAAGUGUUAAAGACGCAGACCAAGUUUGCAGCCACGGUCCGGCUCCUCGUGGGGGGAAAACUGAACGUCCACAUGAAUCCACCGCAGGUCAAAGCCGUGAUCGUGAGCGAGCAGCAGGCCAAGGCUCUGUUGAAAAAUGAAAGCACACACAGUGAAAGCAGCGGAGAGAUCCUGAACAACAACUGUGUGAUGGAGUAUCACAAGGCCACGGGGACCCUCAGCGCCCACUUCAGAAACAUGUCCCUGAAGAGGAUCAAGCGCUCAGACCGCCGCGGGGCAGAGUCCGUCACAGAAGAGAAGUUCACGGUGCUUUUUGAAUCACAGUUUAGUGUCGGCGGCAACGAGCUCGUGUUCCAUGUGAAGACUUUAUCGUUGCCGGUGGUGGUGAUCGUUCACGGCAGCCAGGACAACAACGCCACCGCUACAGUUUUGUGGGACAAUGCCUUUGCUGAGCCCGGUCGAGUGCCUUUCGUUGUCCCCGAUAAAGUCCAGUGGCCGCAGCUGUGUGAGGCGCUGGACAUGAAGUACAAGGCGGAGAUGCACAGCUCACGGGGCCUGUCGGAGGAGAACCUGGUGUUUCUGGCCCAAAAGGCCUUCAGCAGCACCAGUAACAACCCUGAAGACUUCCACAGCAUGACUAUUACCUGGGCCCAGUUUAACAGGGAAAGUUUGCCCGGACGCAACUUUACGUUUUGGCAAUGGUUUGAUGGUGUUGUUGAGCUCAUGAAAAAACAUCUAAAGCCUCAUUGGAAUGAUGGAGCCAUUUUAGGGUUUGUCAACAAGCAGCAGGCUCAGGACAUGCUUCUGUCCAAACCCAACGGGACCUUUCUCCUUCGCUUCAGUGACUCAGAGAUUGGAGGCAUUACUAUUGCCUGGGUAGCAGAGAACCCGAGCAAAUCAGGAGAGAGGCUGGUCUGGAACUUGCUGCCUUACACCACCAAGGACUUCUCCAUUCGCUCUCUGGCCGACCGCAUCAGCGACCUCAACCACCUGCUGUUCCUGUACCCGGACAAGCCCAAGAACGAUGUGUUUGCCAAGUACUACACCCCCCCAAUCUCCAAAGCCCCAGUCGAUGGAUACGUCAAACCGCAGAUUAAACAGGUUGUCCCAGAAUUCACCAGCCCGAACCCUGAACCCCCCAUCCUUAUGGACCAGACAACAUCACCUUCUGUGGGACAUCCCAGCAGCUUCACUGUGUACCCCUCCAUGACCGAGGCCAUGCUGGACGCUGAAGGAGACUUUGACCUGGAGGACACCAUGGAUGUGGCCCUUCACGUGGAGGAGCUGCUCCGGCGGCCGAUGCCAAACCAGUGGGGAAACCAGCAGUCCUGA